AUGGCGCCCUUCCAGACUCUGCGCACGCAGUAUACAUCGCUUCUCAAGCGAUUUAACGCAUCAUCGCGAGACUUUGAGGUGCUCGCCAGCAUUCCUGAGCGCUCCCCGCCAGCAAAGACGCUCUUCGUGCUGGACUCGUCUUUCAAUCCUCCAACUCGCGCCCACCUCCGCAUUGCCAGUUCCGCCCUACGAGAUCAUCUAAAUCCAAGUUCUCGCCUGCUUCUUCUGCUUGCGACACAAAAUGCCGAUAAACCCACGAAGCCCGCCUCUUUCGAGGAUCGCCUCGCCAUGAUGGAAUUGUUUGCACACGAUUUGCGCACCCACUUGGCAACCAACAGCGCGUCAGAAAGCUCUCAUCUCAACAGAGACCUCCCGACUAUUGAUAUAUGUGUGACCAAAAAGCCUUUUUUCAUCGACAAAGCCACCGCAAUUGAGGAAUCAGGUUGUUAUUCCACUCCGCUGGAGCAGGUCCACCUCACCGGGUACGAUACCCUGAUCCGCAUCUUCGACACUAAGUAUUACCCGCCAGAACAUACGCUGAAGCCCUUGAACUCGCUAUUUUCAAAACAUCGCUUGCGCGUGACAAUGCGGCCAAGUGAUGAUUGGGGAAGUAUGGAAGAUCAACAGGAAUUCCUCCGUGCGCUUGCACGCGGCGAUCGAGAAAGCGAAGAGGGACCGCGGGAAUGGGCCCAGAAGAUCCAGCUCGUCGAAGGCAGGAAAGCCAAUGAGCCUUCUAUCAGCUCUACCCGGGCGCGAGAGGCGAUACAAUCUGCCAUAGAGGACCUGGAGUGGCUUGUUUCAGAGAAUGUGCGGCAGUACUUGCUGUCGGAGAAGCCAUAUAGUGCUCACAGCCCGGGCACUCGAAUCUAG